GUAUUCUUUAAAACUUCGACAGGCCAUCUAGUUUAGUUACGCUGCAUUUAAUGUCAUCAUAUGUCAAGGGCACAUAUUCGUUUGCUGUACACUAUAGAUUAUUCCUGGAAUCUCAAUUACCUAACUAGGAAAACAUUAACAAGUUUGUCAACAACACUGCCGCUCAACGCAAAUAAAAGCAAAAUGUCUCUGAACGAAGCCAAACGCAUUGCCGCACACCGUGCCGUCGACGAUUGGGUGAAAACGGACACCUCUGUUGGAGUUGGAAGCGGAUCAACUGUGGUGUUUGCAGUGGAGCGACUCGCCGAACGAGUGCAUAAGGAAGGUUUGAAUGUGGUAUGUGUGCCAACAAGCUUUCAGGCACGCCAACUAAUAGUGCAGCAUAAGCUAACACUCGGAGAUCUCGAUCAAAAUCCCAAACUGGCAGUGACAAUUGAUGGCGCUGAUGAGGUGGACCGUAAUAUGGUUUUAAUUAAAGGUGGUGGGGGAUGUUUGCUGCAAGAAAAGAUUGUUGCAUCUUGCUCAGAAAACAUGGUGGUAAUUGCGGAUUACACAAAAAAUUCAGAACAUUUAGGUGACCAAUAUAAUAAGGGCAUACCUAUCGAAGUGGUGCCGAUGGCAUAUGUACCGAUUAAAGCUCGUAUUGCAGCUAAGUACGGUGGCGAAUUAAAGCUGCGUAUGGCUGUGGCCAAAGCUGGGCCGUGCGUAACCGAUAAUGGUAAUUUCAUACUAGAUUGGCAUUUCCCGAAAAAAUGUGACUGCGAUUGGGAAAAAGUGAAUAUGGAGCUAUUGCAAAUACCUGGCGUCGUUGAAACAGGACUAUUUGUGCGCAUGGCGGUUAAAGCUUACUUCGGUAUGGCUGAUGGUAGUGUAAAGACACAGGAGAAAUAAAGUAUGCGUUAAGUAGUAGGAAGAUUUUUAAGACUUAGAUUACAAAUUAUGGAUUAAUACCACAUUUCAUAUCUAGUUUUUAAUGUUCUUUCUUUAAUUUUUGACACCGGGUGUAUCGUUCGUACAUUAAUUAGCAAUAUCAAAACGUUCAUGAGCUAAUUAUUCUUUAUAUUUAAAUUACAAAUGUAAUAAAUAAUACAAUUACCAA